AUGGGCUCAUUUGGUGAGAUUACCGAGUUCGGGCAUGGAUUCAAAUCCCAUUUCCUGUUUGAUCCCAAAUAUACCAAUUUGAAUCACGGGUCAUUUGGCAGUUAUUCUUUGCCCGUUCGCAAUGCGCUGCGCGGUUAUCAAAAGCUGGCAGAAGCCGCUCCCGACAAAUUCUUGCGGUACCAGUACAUUGAUCUUCUGGACAAAUCCAGAGAACGAAUAGCACGACUCCUCAAUGUCCCAACAGAUGAGUGCGUGUUCGUCAGUAAUGCCACAUCAGGUAUCAACACGGUGUUGCGCAAUCUGCAAUACAAAGAAAAAGAUUGUAUCAUAUAUUUUGACACAAUCUACGGUGCAAUUGAGAAAACGCUGGCUUCGAUCGUCGAAACCAAUCCUCAACUUCAACUUCGAAAAGUGGGACACGGACAGGAUUUUGCCUACUCCCUUCCAUGCACUCAUUCCGAAAUCCUCAAUGCAUUAUCACAAACCAUUUCACGAGUCUUGUACGAUGGAUUAACACCAAGGAUAUGCAUUUAUGACACCAUAGUGUCCUUGCCGGGAGUUCGCUUCCCCUUUGAAAGGAUCACCAGGAUGUGCAAGGAAUAUGGUAUCUUGAGUAUGGUGGAUGGUGCUCACGGCGUUGGUCAGAUCCCUUUAAAUCUAUCCCAACUUGAUGCCGAUUUCUUCGUGAGCAAUUGCCAUAAAUGGUUGUAUACCCCCCGAGGCUGUGCCGUUCUCCACGUGCCCAAGCGCAAUCAACAUUUCAUUCGAACGACUUAUCCUACCUCGCACGGCUACAAACCCCGAGAAAACUCCUCGGCCUCCAUUCGGAAUCCACUUCCACCCACGGAUAAAUCGGAUUUUGUCAAUUUGUUCCAAUUCGUGGCCACCGCCGACAACUCCCCUCACUAUUGUGUCCCAGCGGCGCUGAAUUUCCGCCAAAAUUUAUGCGGGGGAGAGGAAGCCAUUUAUAAUUACAUCCGUGACUUGGCUCAACGAGGAGCUGAUCUUCUCGCCAUGCUUCUGGGAACCGAAGUCAUGGACGAUCUGGGCGCUGGAUACGGACUCAAAACAAUGGGAAGUUACGAAGCCAGUGAUCGUCGUGAUGGAGGACGGAUCGGUUGGUCUGGCGGUCUGAGGGAUUGUGCCAUGGCCAACGUCCUGCUACCAAUCACAAUCGUGGGCGCAUUCUCUCGGGGAAGUAUCAGUAUGGGCCCCGGUGGAGCUGGAAGUGCAGGUGGACUCUCCCCUGCUCUGCGACAGUCCUCAUAUGGAUUUCCUAGUGCUGGUAGCACCACACAAUCGCUCCGAUCAGCUUCUGGGGGUACCACCUUGGCCGAACCGAGGCGGACUCCUUCUCCCCUCAGUUCCCCCAGUCUUCAUUCGGCAGGCCCCAUUACUAUCCAAGAAGCAGAUGUCGCAACACAUAUCGCCUGGAUGGAAAAGACACUGGUGGACGACUACAACACGUUCGUUGCCAUCUACGAGUAUGAUGGAAAACUCUGGACUCGGGUAUGCGGCCAGAUAUACCUAGAACUCAAGGACUUUGAGUGGCUGGGCGGAGUUCUGAAAACUCUCUGUGAACGGGUCCGAUCCGGGGAGAGUUUGCGGGGGAAGAAUACACCAGGACUCGACGAUGUGGAACUCGAAGCAUUGAGUUUGCGAUCCCCCAUGCCAUCGAGACAGGGGACGUCAACGUCUGUCGCGAAGAGGUUCGAUGUCACUCAGGGCGGCUGGGUUGCAUGA